CAAUAUUUGUGUCUUCUUACAAGUGGAGCUGAUCAUUAAAUACUUCUUCCCUUUUAGUUUAUGAGGCUUUGUGUGGUUUGUACUUCUAGUCGUAUAUGGAUGCGACUUGAUUGUUAAUAAGUUUGUGAAAGUGAUUAGCUUUUGUGAUUACUUGAUUCGUAAAUUGUAAUAUGCUCCGGUUUGGAAUGACAGAUCUCGAAGAAGGCGGUCUAGCUAUUGAAGAUCGCACGAGUCCAAUGGCGGUGGUUCAACGUUAUCCUACAAACCCAAGCCCCAAAAUAAUGUCUUCCGACGGCAACGUGUCAAAACUUUCUCUGAUGCAGGCUCGUUUCCAGCAGCGUCAACAACAGGAGAAAGAACAGAAACUGCUGCAGCUCUACUCGGAGCAAGCACAGCAGGCCUACGCGCGGAUCGGAGUAGGCGGAGGCGGCGGAAGUGGAGGCAGCGGGGGCGGUGGAGGCGGCAAGGUUCGUCAGCUGUUCCAGGAGCGGAGGGUCGAAGGGCCACCAGUCUGGACAGGUCACACCAACAGCGCACCAAGAAGCCGGCCAGCCUUUACAAGGGAAUUCCGCAGAGAUACCCAUCAGCCGGCUACGAAGGUGAUGACGACUUGUUCUACCAGCCGCAGAACAACCACAUUCUGUACACGUCACAGCAGCGCCUAGACCACGACUUCCUAGACUACAACCAGCUGCAUCACAAGGCAAGCAACGGCUACAAGCAGGUCUACAACGACGAGCAUAUUGGCUA